ACCCCCACACCCUUCAAAGGUAGGGGCGCAUACUGAGGUGGAACUUGAAGAACGUAAAUUGAAAAAUUGAAGACGUGAAGAAUGCCACAUUUGCUGCAAUGGAUAAAGAGACAGUACCUGGUGGUGGUGCCACCUAUAUACAUCUCUUGGAGCAGAUUCCCAUCAUAAAGAAUUCUAUGGAGGAAUUUGAUGAACAGAUUGGUGCUGAGAUUGUGGCAAAUGGAUGCUCUCCUUGCACCUGCAAAAGCAAUUGCAACUACAAAAGCAAUUGCAUUAGCGCAGGUGGUGAUGUAGCAGUUGUAGUGGAGAAAACUCGAACUAGCAAUUGGAGAACAGGGCACAAUGCAAUGACAGGAAGAUAUGAAGGCCUUAUCAAUGCUGGAGUGAUAGAUCCUUGUCGAGUUUCAAGGUGUGCUCUUCAAAAUUCUGUCUCCAUUGCCGGGAUAAUUCUAACGACUCAGGCCAUGCUAGCGGAUAAAACAAGGACUCCUGAAUCUCUUCACCCCCAUGUCCCAGGAAUAACUGAUGUAGCAUCCAGUAUAACUCUUUAAGAAGCAACAUUAACAGGAUGAAAGCUGAGGGAGCCUGUAGAAACUAGUGAACUUCUGUUAGCUUGGUUUUUACCGAAAAUUAGCAGAAGGUAACAGACUAAGCUCACCGAUUACAUAUUUUAUCAGGAGUCUGACAAUACCGAAUUCGAAAUUCCUGAACUUGGAAAUCCAUGAAGAGGGAUAACUUGUACUGGCUCUCCAACAACAAGAGAAGAACGAUGAUCCUGUUCAUAAGACACUGCAAGGUCCAUUUCAUGAGGAAAAGAACCUUGUACCUAACGUUUGGUGACUAACUGCUAUGUUGGACUUCCAUUUUAUUCCUUCAUUGAUGUUCAAGAAUUUAAUAUAAGUCACAUAUUUGC